AAGGAGAUAACAGGCGGAGCCAACGAUCCGCUAAGACUAACGUAUCUACAACUCCAUCCCCGAGUGGCAGUCAAACGGAGGCGUGAAUGCAAGAUGCCAGCGGAAUGAUCGGCCGGACAGAGGCUAGGGCUGCUUCCUUCCCACCGCGUCCUUCCUAGCCUAGUGUGUCGGAGAUAUAAAGCGAGUGCACCGGAAAAGAACGGGAACUGGGUCGAUCUAUUCUAUGGCGAAGCAUCCGAAGCAUAACUGCACACUCACACGAUCUUUGCCGAGAGAUAGGAGCAUUCGGUGGAACCGGUGAACUACACUUGCUUCUGGAUAGAUGUGUGGGACAGAGGGCUCGUGGUACCAGCUGCCCAACCAGCCUCCUCUGCUUUGAGAACCGUGUGAACGGAGAGUGGGCAGAAGGGAAGGAGGUCCUCAUACGGAGUCGCACACGCACACUUACUUGAGCAGUGCGGAAGACUGGGGAAUGGGUUGAGUAAACUCCCCUGGGGCCGGAAAAAUAACAGACGAAGCUUUACUUAGAUAGGGCUUUGAUUGGUCUUUUUUUUCUUAGUGAUUGAAAAGGGGGGCGCCUGGUUAUGUUACAAAAAGGGAAGGCAGAGGUAGUCCUUCGAAUGGCGAAACGAAGGGCUAAAUAGCGCCAGUGAUUCUCUGAGCCGGUCUGGAUUUUCUACGCCUCGGGAAACAGGUCGAGAUAGAUGACAGCACCCUUUUCCUCUCUUCCUUACCGGGAGGGCAAUCUUAUGGCCUUCACCUCCCGCCCGGCCCGGAAAUAGAACCCAGCCCCCUUCUGAUCCAUUCAUUUCUGCAAGCAGGGAGGGGGGAUCCAGAGCUAAGCCUCCCGUCUAUUGCAUAACCUAAAAAAGCUAUAAGCAAAGUACCAGAGGUGCGCUUCGCCCGGUGACUAAGAAAGAAAUUGGUUUGCGCUUUGAAGUGAUGAGGUCGCAAAGAGGGGGGCUCCUAUUGAAAGGCUUUCCCUCCCUAAAAAGGCGACCAGCUUUCAAUACUAGUUGUUACGCUGCCAUUUUUCCAAUAUCAUUGAAUAGCAUGGCCUGCCUGGGGCUAAGGUAACUCAAGUGGGAGAGCCGUGUUAUGGGUGACCUUAUUGCACGGUUCAGAGAGCACUUGUGUAUGUGAUGCAAGUGAACGUGUACGAAAAAGCUGUAUCUAGGGUGAGUUCUUCGUUCCGUCGUCGACCCUAUCUAUGUUUCUACGAUGGCCCAAGAACACGCUCAUUCUUCAGCCGUAGAGAGACUUUUGAAUUGCGAGGUACCAUUACGAGCUCAAUAUAUACGAGUGUUAUUCCGUGAAAUAACUCGAAUUUCAAAUCAUUCACUUGCUUUAACUACUCAUGCUAUGGAUGUGGGAGCAUCAACUCCGUUCCUGUGGGCUUUUGAGGAGCGGGAGAAAUUGUUGGAAUUCUAUGAAAGAGUCUCGGGAGCCAGGAUGCAUGCCAGUUUCAUACGACCAGGUGGAGUGGCACAAGAUCUGCCUCUUGGCUUAUGUCGAGAUAUUGAUUCCUUCACACAACAAUUUGCUUCUCGUAUCGACGAAUUAGAAGAGAUGUCAACCGGCAACCGUAUCUGGAAACAACGAUUAGUGGAUAUUGGUACUGUCACUGCACAGCAAGCAAAGGAUUGGGGAUUCAGUGGUGUAAUGUUAAGAGGUCGUGCGACAUUGAAAGUGAAGUGGUGGGCCUACCCAUCCCAACCAGGGGUAUGCUGGGAUUCGCGAAGAGCAGCACCUUACGAUGUUCAUGACCAAUCGGAUCCUGACGUACCAGUAGGUACCAGAGGAGAUCGCUAUGAUCGUUACUGUAUCCGUAUUGAAGAGAUGCGACAAAGUCUGCGGAUCAUUGUGCAAUGUCCUAAUCAAAUGCCCAGUGGCAUGAUCAAAGCCGAUGAUCGUAAGUUAUGUCCUCCAUCACGAUGCCGAAUGAAACUAUCCAUGGAAUCGUGCAUUCACCAUUUCGAACUUUAUACAGAAGGUUUUUCCGUACCAGCUCCUUCCACCUAUACCGCAGUUGAAGCACCUAAAGGAGAAUUUGGUGUCUUUCUUGUCAGUAAUGGAAGCAAUCGUCCCUACCGUCGUAAAAUAAGAGCACCCGGCUCUGCCCAUUCACAAGGACUCGAUUCUAUGUCCAAACAUCACAUGCCAGCAGAUGUGGUCACCAUCAUAGGUACUCAAGAUAUUGUGUCUGGAGAGGUGGAUAGAUAGGAUUCCUAGUUGCUCGAUCAGCUUUAUUGCGAGCCAAAAACCUUUUUGGAUUUUUUCCCCUGA